AUGUCUCCACCUUCUCUUUUUCAUAUAACACGAUUUUCUUUCUUACUUACCUUCUAUCUUUCCCCUCCUUCACAACGUCUUUACUCCUUCCUCCACUUUUCUUCUCCCUUCUCUCUCACUGUCUCCCUCUAUCUUUCUGUCUGUCUUUUUCUCUCUGUCUCCCUCUAUCUUUCUGUCUGUCUGUCUGUCUCUCUCUCUCUCUCUUUUAUUCCCCUGUUUUAUCUGUCUCUCUGUAUCAACUCUCUUUCUCAGAUAUUUUUCAAAUAUACUCUCCCUCUUUCAGUUUAUCUUUCUUUCUACUUUUCUAUCCUUCCUCCAUCUACCCCUCGUCUCUCUCUUUUUCUCUGUUUCUCUCUCUCUCUCUCUCUCUCUCACAAACACACACACACACACACACACACAAUUUUGCCUUCAGAUUUUCAAUCCCUUUUCUAUCUCUCUCACUCCUGUGCCUUUUUCUAUUUGUUUUCUCUCUCCUCCCUUUCUUUCUGCUUUUCUAUACCCUCCGUAAUCUGCUCUUUCAGCGUCCGCAUUCCCCCUCGUCUUCUCUCUUGUUUUUUUCUUUCCUCGCCUUCUCUAUUUUCUUUCAGCUUUUUCCCCUCUCUCUCUAUCUCUCUCUCUCUCUCUCUCUCUCUCCUCUUUUACUUUAUUUUUUUCUCUUCUUCACCUUCUCUUUCCAAUUUUUCCUCCUCACUUCCCCUUUGUCUUUCAGCUUUUUAUUUCCUUUUCAUCUUCUUUCCUUUCACACCUCUCUCUUUUUUCGUUCGGCUUUUCUCUCUCACUAUUUUUCUCCGCUUUCAGUUUCAGUUCUUCUUUCUCAAUUUCCACUCCCCUUUCUACUUUUCAUCUCACCCCAUUUUAUUUUCUCUUCCUGCUUCUAUAUCAUUCCUCUCCUUUCUCCUUAAGUCCUCUCUCUCUCUCUCUCUCUCUCUCUCUUUCUCUUUCAGUCUUUCUCUUUCUUCUUCACUUUUUCUUCACCUUUCUCCCUCUUUAAGUUUUGUUUUCUUUCUCCCAACUCCUUUUCUCUUUCUGCUUUUUGCUUCUCCCUCUCUCUUUUUCUUCAGAUUCGCUUUCGUCUUUCUCUUUUACAUCUUUCGGAUUUUACGAAUUGCAGGGUCGUUCAGUUUGAUUUGGGGAGAGGAGGAGGGCGCUGCCUCGUUAGUUUUAAUCCUCCAGAAGAUUCCACUAAAUAGAAUUCACUCUGAAUUCGCUUCGUCCGAGACUUUGUUCGAGACAGCGAGAAUAUUUCUAUCUUGA